UGAAUACAAUGACUUCUUUCCUGAAGAAAGUUGCUUUAAAAGUCUUAUUGUGGAUCGCAGUCAUUCUUUAUAUUGAUGCAGAGGAAUUCAAACGAGUGUGUUACUAUACAAAUUGGUCAGAAAACAGAGCCGUGGUGGAGUCCAGGUUUCACCUUAAAGAACAUAUGGACCCCUUUUUGUGCACACAUUUAAUUUAUGCAUUUGCAAAUAUAAACCCACAAAAACUGCGUAUAGAGCGGGCAUAUCCAGGAGAGGAUGAUGGGAAAAUCCCGGGAUCGGGACUUAUGUUUGAUUUUACAGGACUUAAACGGAAAAAUCCAAAGUUGAAGACAAUUUUGUCCAUUGGAGGAGAGACUUCGUCAGAUAAUUUUAAAGUGAUAAUGGGAUCCGAUAAGAAUAUAAAAUCAUUCGCUCAAAAUAUCUACAUCUAUAUCAAUGACAGAAAUUUUGACGGUAUUGAUGUUGACUGGGAAUUUCCAGGAGCCAUUUACAAGAAUGAAUUCGUGAUUUUUCUUAAGGAAUUAAGGUCCGAAUUUGCUGCCAAAGCCAAAGAAACCGGAAGUGAUGAGAAACUUAUUACCAUAGCAGUAGCACCUGGAAAGCAUAACAUAGAGGAGUCGUAUGAUAUGCCUGAAAUAAUCAAGUAUGUCGAUUUCAUCAAUGUAAUGGCCUACGACUAUUUUGGACCCUGGAGUCACGUCACUGGUUUCAUGGCACCACUCUAUUCCCGAUAUUCAGAUUUAAGUAUCGACACUACUUUAUCCCAGAACUGGACAAUGAACAAGUAUUUAGAGCUAGGGGUCCCGCCGGAGAAACUUGUUAUGGGUCUGCAUGGUGCAGGGUCAAGUUUUACCCUGGUAAAUAAUAGCAACCACGGUGUAGGAGAUGCAGUUUCCGCAGCUGGUAUGAAAGGACCAUUACUAAAAGUGGAGGGACGGAUGGCGUAUCCUGAGAUUUGUCAGAUGAGCAAAGAUGAAACAGUGUACGACGAGGAACAAAAACAGAAGUACUCUUAUCACAGGUCUCAGUGGUGUGGAUACGAAGACCCUGAUACUAUUGUUUUAAAGGUUCAGUACGCUGUUAACAACAACUUUAGUGGCGUCAUGUUUUGGUCUCUGGAUUUAGACGAUUUCACGGGAAAAUACUGCAAUCAAGGAAAAUAUCCACUGCUUUCAGCUGUUAAAAACAUAACACAUCUCAUGAGUCCAGGUAGUGGCUCUGCAACAAAUGACCCCAACCAACAACCUGUUACGGGAGAUGUCACAAAACGACCCACCACAACCACAGUGUGGCCACCUAAGGAUGGUGGUUUCAAAUUAUUUAUCGUCGACUCAAGAAGUGCUGCGUCAAACCAAAUGUUUUCCAAUUUCAUUUUACUGUUGACUUUAUCUCUGCUUGUUGUAUUCAAUUUUGAAUUAAAGUAAUUUAACCCCAAGAUCUAGACUUUUUAGCAAGUUUCUCAACCUUUAAAAAGUGUAUACAGUUUUGAUUUGAGUGAUUGUACGUACAUGCGGUAUAGAAGUUAUCAUUUGUUCUUAGCACUAACUGCAUAUUUUUCAAACUGGUAUCAUAUUGUUUUAAACAUUCAUCUUUAAAUCUUCAGUAUCAACCAGUAACUGUUGGUCUAAGAGAGCUAAACAUCGCAAGUUUAAUUUAAAAUUUGGAAAAGGAAUUGUGUAUUUU